AUGGUGCUGAUCGUCAUUACUGUUGUAAUCAUAUUCUUCUCCCUUAUUUGGCGAUAUAUUGGAUUAAUACUUUCGACAUUCCUAGCUUUCUUCCUCAAAGUACCUAUCAAAGUAGGUGGGGUUCGAUGGCUUUCUCUCUUCGACGUUAGGGUAAAGUUAGCCGGUGGCAUAACAGUUCAUGUAGAUACGUUAUCUCUUCAUUUAUUUUCGCAGCAUUUUAGUAAACCAUUUCUCCUCUCAUUAGGUGAUGUAAGAAUCGAAACUGAGGGCUCAACUUUUUCUAACCGGACAAAUUCCGGGAAAAGUUUGAACUCUCGAUCUCACAACUCGUCUUUACUACUCUCCAGAUUGAAACAAGUUGUACAGUAUUGUGGAUUGACUGUUACUAGUGUUCAUCUGAUCUUAUUGGAUGCUUUACCACAUUGUAUGGUUCAUAUUACAAUAUAUGAACUAAGUAUAGAAACAUUUAGAAGCCGUGAAGGAUGGCAACUUGAAGUUUCAUGUAGGCUUGUUCAAGGAAAAGCUCUCAGGAGGAAAGGCGUUGUUGGUAGAGCUUUAGCAGAGUUUUCGCUACCUUUCCAUUUGUCUCUGGAUGUCACCGGACCUGAAAUAUCCCGUAUCGGGUUAAAAAUCAGAGAUCCGUCCGUCAAUAUAUCUUCAGACGUGUUCGAGUUUCUACAUGAGCAGUUUCAAGGAAGUCAUGAUGAUGACGAUUUGGAAGAAGAAGAAUUAUCAGUUGUUAAAAGAGGUUUUGAUGAUAUCCCAGCGAUUUCCAUUGAUCUCCAUAACAGCGUCAUAAAAUAUACUUCUGCGUACAAUCAAAGUCGAGUGCUCUGUCUGCAAGUUCGAGAAAUUGUACUAAGCCAGAGCAACGAAGGAUUGAAUGCUCAAGUUCGUGGAGUUUCCUUAUUGGAUUCGUUUAUGAAAAGUGUACUCAAAUCAUCAGAUUUAUCAGUUGUUGUUCAAAACAGAAUGUCUAUGUACGCUCUCGAAAUUCGUUCAGACAGUAUCCAUACUUCUUUAUCUCUUCAAGAUGCUUUAUGGUGGAAAGAGCAUUUCGAAACAACUCUAGAAAACUUUAAUACUUCCGAAAAGAAACGAACAGGAAGUAUCAUACGAGAUACAAAAUCAGUUUCUUGCUCCAUCGAAUUGGAUUCCUUUGUGUGUGAACUAGUUGACACAGAUUCUUUCCAAUCUUCUCUAUCCGUUCAACUUUUAACUCUCUCAGUUACUGAAAACGAUUUGGAGUUUGGAAUAGAGAGCUUGACUUUCUCAUCGGAACAGAAUCAUUACAAACCAUCUGAAUUUGACACUCAUCAUUGGGGUCAAUCUGUGUACAUUGGUAUUGCUGUCGUUCAAUAUGCGAAAAGCGCUGCUGAACCUUCUCUUAUGAUUUGUGUGGAUGAUUGUAAAUUGGAAUGGAGUGAUCGUUUGGCUAAACAAAUCCAUGGUUUAUUGGUUCUAGUAGGUAACUCAGGUGAAUCCACCAAUAGUAAACAGGAAAGUUCUCAUUCACGCCCCAUAGCGGUACAAGCUAAAGUUAAAAGAACAGCUCUGUACUUGGUUGCUAAGGAUAGUUAUUAUGUUGUUCAUAUAUGCGAUGAGUUGAUGUUGGAGAGCUAUAAUUGCUUUAAAGACUUUGUGAUCUCAUGUAAAAAUAGUAAAAUUGGGUUGGGUAUGAAGACUGCUGAACCCAUGCUUAUCAAAGAAUUGAAAGAAUCUCAUAUAGUAUACCCAAGCAAAGACGAUGGUUCCGAUCUUCCUUGGAGGACUUGGAACCAGAAAGAGAAAGAUAGAAAAAAAGCAGAGAAAAGGAAAAUUUUCGAAGAAAAGAGAGCCAAAGGAAUCAAAAUCGUUUGUGAAGCUGAUAUGCUCUGUAUAUCGUUGGAACAUUUAUCUCCUGUGACAAGAGAUGUGACUAUAUCUUCUAACACCCCGGUUUAUUGUGUUUGGUCUCCCUUGUUACAUCAACUUUUAUUCCAUAUAAAAUGCACUGUACAAAGCACUUUCACCCUGCCCAGAGUUGAGAGUACCGUUCGGAAGACUCCUAAGAUUUUGCAUUUAAAAUUGAUCACUACUAAUUCAGUAGAGCUUGAUAUGGAGCUAUCUGGUUUCCACAGAAUGAUAUGGCGAAUACCAUCUUUGAAUGUAGAUUGGAACUCGUCUAUUCUCACAGCAUUAUCCACUCUUCUUACAAUUAAUAUAAAUGGAUAUGACAUUGUUACGGCUACUAACGUAUCAAUUAAAAAAAGAACGCAAGACAUACAAAUGGAUGCAGCUCGUAAAAAUUUUGGAAAUGUGCUCACCUCUACCAACAAAGUGUGGACUUGGGCUGCCGAUCUAUUUUCGUUCUAUUUACCGUUUGAGUUCAACUUCCAUGAAGUUUUCGACGAGUUCAUCAAUUGUAUAAAAUGGAUAAAAAUUAUUCAUCAAAACCAGAAAAAACCAUUCACAGCUGAGAGCCCAUUGCCGUGCGAUUUGAGGAUCAAAUUUCAGGAAUUCAAAUUAGAAAUGCAAGACGACUUUUUCGAGAACACAUUACAAUCGAGUCAUGAAUUAAAGGAAGAUGAGGUAUAUGAAUGCGAAAGAAGAAGACAGAUGCUCGCUGAUCGACUGACUCAGUUGCGGAAGAAAGCUAAUCUUUUCCCUCAAUCGCGCAUGGAUGAGCUCUAUGCAAGUUUACAGGAAAAGAACAGUGCUAUUUACAUAGAACGAUGGAAAAAAGCUGACCAUUCGAAUCGUUCUAUGUUCCUGUCGAGAUGGACAGGGCUAGAAAUAAGAGCUCUAGCCGAUUUAUCUCUCCAUGGAAGAGAUGCUUGCUUGAAGUUAAUGAGCGAUUUUGAUCCAAUGAGUAAUUUACCAACCGACGACAUUCAGUUUUCGACUAUGUGGGCCAGAUUCAUAGAAGUGGACAUGGCUGAGUGGUGUGCAAACUUCAAAGAUUAUCCUAUCCCUUAUAUAUUAGCAAAGGAUAUGCAUUUCUUCGGAACAUUGGUUGGAGCAGAACAGUUUGAUGAGUUCGGGAGAUCGUUGAGAGAAAAUGCAAUUCCUCUCCCUCCUCCAUUUGAAACAGUUAUCGUGAAACGGAACAUGUCACCUCUGAAGUUCUACUACGAUUUACAAUGCGAAAGUACUGAGUUUUCUGCAACGUAUGGGCCAUGUUGGGAGCCUUGUCUUUCCAUGAUUAGUUUAUCAUGGAAUAAUAUAUCCGCUCCAUCGAAAGAUCCUUCUCCACCUCUACCAUUUUGGGACAAAAUGCGUUUCCUCCUGCAUGGCAGAUUCUCUUGGUUAAGCGAACGAGUUAUAACUACGAUGCUCGCGUCUCCGGAUCCGUAUAACACUACGGAAACCGUCGAAAUGUGUUGGAAUAACUAUGGACUGGACUGGGCUUUAGGAGAACUUCGUAUUCGUUCGGAGUUUCGAGUUUUCAUGCGGACUGCAUCAAAGUAUGAUGAUUCCAGAAUUCUAUUACUCCCUGAUCUCAAGCUAAGGGUAGCGCUAGAUUGGGUAUGCUCAGGAGAUCCACAUGACCACCACUCUGUUGUUUUAUGUGCUCCACACAAACUUCCUCAUUACUCAACAGAUCAUGAUUCCUACAGGGCUUUUCGAUCACAACAUCUGGAUCUUGGAUUCUCCUUCGACGUUGCAGCUGGUUCGACCAAUUCUUCACACAAAUUACCAAACAUACUGUUGUACGCUAACACAUUCAGAUGUAUCGAGUUCUUACUGCACACUCUCACUAUCAAGAAUAGAACAAUCAAACGAGGCCGUAUUUUCGGGACAACCCUGUUCAUGAAACCUCAAUUGAGUAAACAUUUCAGGCAUGUGCAAGUGUCUCUGAAUCUACCUAAGUUCUUUAUAACUUACUGGAUGUCGCACUCGUCUUCCUACGGGUUUAGAGUAAUUUCUGACGGAUUGAAUCUGUUCUCUUCGUUGAAACUGUCAAUGCAUAUAGAAUCCGAUUCAGAAAUAACAAGAAGAAGAACCUAUGUAUGGCAACCACAGCACGUGUCCGCUACAUUGUGGGGAACAAAAGUUCAUGUCUUCGGAGAACAAAAAAAACCUUCAUCUGAAGGAGAAGAGAGUGACGACACUUUGUUGAUUGGACUGAGUAGAAUAUCAUAUGUGAGGGAAAAUAAUGCUGUUAAGGAGAAUGCUGUUCACCGGCUCACUGCUGACGAAUUGAAAGCUUCUUGGACUGAAGAAAUCCGCGAUGCAUGUUUAUCAAUAGCCGACGGUGUUCACAGAGCCCACAUGCUCCGCCGCAUUCUUAGUAAUGACGCUAUUAAGAUUCUCAAAUUGCACAUGGAAGAAGACCAGUCCAUCCAGAAAAAAGUACACGAAUCUGCUGAAUCCAUCAAUGAAGAGGGUAGAGGACAUCGGAGGGGCUACAGUCUGUCAGAUACAAAUCAGUCUAUGUUAUACCAACUAAUUGAUGAAGCCGGAACCAAGUUAAUUGCUCAUUGUGAACAAUCCACAGACCUUCCAGCAGAUUCAUUGCAAGGAGUACUACAAUGCACAACUGACGAUAUCCAAAUGAUCAACUGGCAAAUUGACUUACUGAACAGUCAAGCAGUUUUGAAAGGAUGUGAACGAGAUGGUUUUAUUUUGAUAACAACAUCGAAAGCAAGCUUGUCGCAGAAGAUUCACAAGUGUGUUUGGAGAAACGGCCAACUACUUGGUAAAAAGUCAUGGUCAGCUGCGAUUUCAGGAAUGCAGUACUUUGCCCCUGUAGGUAUGACAACGGGGCAGAAUAAAACACUUUUCCGAUGGCUUCCAAGAGAACUCAUAGAGGAAAGGGCACCUCCUGAUACCGGUGCUGAUGUGUAUAUGAGUUUUCUCGGAUCUGGAGAAGCAGUUGGAGGGAUUGUGCAGCCAGAUGGAGCUAACAAGGACACUGAACGUCUUCAAUUACAAAGAAUCGUGUCUCGAUGCAGUUGUCAAAUAUAUUUUUGUUACUUUUCUGAAGAGUUGAAAACUGAUGCGCUUGAGGAAACUGGGGUGCCAAAGGUUGAGCCUCCGUCAUCGUUGAGAUUAGAAGACAUUGGUGUUGAUUGUCUCACUUUAAAACACAAUAUGCUUGAGGCAAGCACAAGUUCAGAUCAGUAUGAAAUGGUUGUGGAUAUUGUGAACAAUUUAGUUCUGUUCCUCGAUCCAAAAAAAAAAGAACUGGCUGAGCAUAGAAGGAAACUCCGCUUUGAAUGCCAUGUUACAGACAUGGCUCAAAUGCGAGAGAGUAUUGUUGAGCAACAAUCUCAGUUACGUGAUAUCGUUUCUGUGGCCAAAGAGGAAGAUGAAGCAAAGAGGAGAGAGUUAUAUGAUGAAAUGGAAGAAUACAAAAAUCGACAGUUAGAAGUAUCAGAUCAGCUAUAUAUUUAUAUCAGUUGCUACAAACAGAGACAAGUAGAAGCAACUCGAGCUGUCGUUCAUUGUCUGGAAGAGGAUGGCUUGGCCGCAGUUGCUAGAAGAUUUGAAGUAUGCUUCGAAGACUGUAUUUGGAGAUUGACAGAGAGUGAUGGACAAAUAACAUUGGCUGAAACACAAAUCAGAAACUUCUUAUAUACCAGGAUAAUGCGAAUUGAUAAUUCUGGAGAACACUCGUUCGAAGUAGGAUCCAUUCGAGUCUCAAAUUUACUUCCUGACUCCAUAUUUCGUGAUACGAUCCACAGAGAUGAUCGCCACAUAACAAGGCAACCGGCUAUUCGUCUCUUGCUUAAAGAUUUAGCACCAGUUGGCGGUAUAUGUGUUAAAGAACAUUUCGAAGUCAAUAUAGCUCCUAUGGUUGUUCAACUCACCUCUCAAUUCUUCGAAAAAAUGAUGGGCUUCUUUUUCCCAGGCAAAAAUAUCCAUAAUUCAGAGAAUUUAGAUUCAAUUGAUGAAAGUACUCCGAAGUUCUCGUUCACCAGAAGGAUAGCUGGAACACUAAGUAUGCGCAGCUCUAAAGGAGCGCAAGUUGAUCGUAAAGCAAGCACGGCUAGCGGAAAAGUUUCAAACAAAAUCAUACCUGAGUCAGAGUUAAAUGAGAUUGAAAGAAUGAGACAGAGAGCCGACAAGAACAACUUUUUCCUGUAUAUAAAAAUACCAGAAGUACCAUUUAUUGUAUCUUACAAGGGUAAUAAGGAUAAGAACAUCGUAGAUGUAGAUAGGUUUAGUUUCCUUUUCCCAUUAUGCGAAUAUCAUGAGCGAAAUUGGACGUGGUUGGAUCUUUCAUUGGCUAUCAAGAGUAAAUGUAAAGGUGUUCUUCUACAACAAUUUAUGAGACAGAAGCUUCUAAGCAAUCGAUUAACUGGUAAAUCUGAGCCUGUGGAAGGUAUAACCGAGGAAGACAAAAAACGUAUCGCACUUGGAACAACAUCUUCAAUUGGAAAAAAAAAGAAGAAGUAG